AUGUCGUCGAGCACGAGCGUCCCGCCCACCACCAGCGCUGACCCGUCCACCUCUUCAGUCUCCAGCGUCCCGCCCACCACCGAGUCCUCCUCGACUCCACCGCCGGUCACUUCUUCGACAUCAUCCUCGAUCGAAUCUUCGUCCAUCCUUUCCUCCAUCUCCUCGGCCGUAUCGUCAUCCAUUCUCUCGCCCUCAUCCACCACCACCGUCGAGUCGAGCGCCACCCAGCCAUCUUCCACCACGACAAUCUCGAUAUCUUCGCAACCGGCCACCACACGCGUCUUUACUUCCGUCGUCACCACCGGCCAGACCUCCGAUGGAUCCUCCGCAAGCCCGGUCACUGUCGUCGUGACCCAAACCCAAGAUGCCACCACUGUCCCUAUAACCUCGGCCGCAUCGACAUCGGACGCGUCUUCCACCACCUCUGGAUCGCCAGCCCUUAAUACCGGCACCAAGGAUUCCAAGUCAGGCGGUGGCGGUCUGAGCACUGCAGGCACGACGGCCGUCGCUGUGGUCGUACCAGUCGUAGUAGUUGCGCUUCUCGUCCUUGCUGGCAUCUUUUUCUGGCGGAAGCGCAAGCAAAGGAAAGCAGCAGAGGAAGCGCGCCGUAAGGAGGUCGAAGACUAUGGCUUCAACCCCAACAACGACCCUACACUGCCCACAGUGGCCUCUGAGAGCGGUCAAGAAAUGUCAGAAGACCACAGCAGCGGUUACAGGGGUUGGGGUGCUGCAGGCGCGUCGAACCGCAAGAUGUCGACCACACUUUCAGGAGGCCACACGCAAGGUCAGCUCUCGGACACAGGCAGCAACCCGUACCGCGGAGGUGUUUCGCCUACCGGUGGUGCUUCUGACGGCAAUAGCGGCGACGCUUUGAUGCACAACCGACGAGAGACGAUGAACAGUGAUGAUGUUGGAUCUCUCGGCCAGGCGCCCCUGGCCAGUGCUAACCAGCCUGGCAUGAAGCGAGGACCAUCCAACGCAUCAUCCACAUACUCUGCUGCCGGUCACUCAGAUGUAUCCGAUGGCGCAGCACCACCAGGCGGCAUGGCAUCAUCAUACGAGGCCUACAACGCCAACAACGGCUUCGGCUAUAGCCAGCACGGCCCCUACGGCGACGGCACCUACGGCGGUGGUAAUGCCCCCGACAACGGCAUGCCGGUCGUACGAGACGUCUCUGCGCGACGCAACACGCGGAUACAACAGCCUGGCAACUACCAGCAAGGCAACUCUGGUAUUGCCCAGAACUUUUAA